AUGUUAAAAAAAGUACUGACAACAAAAAAUAUUUUUUUGAAGUAUAAUAAAAGAUUUUCUUUACAUGAGGUAGUAAAUUUAGGGAUUCUUGCACACAUAGAUGCAGGAAAAACAACAAUAUCAGAAGAUAUUUUAUAUAAUGCAAAUGAAAUAAAGAUAAAAGGUAAUAUAAAUGAUCAAAAUACACAGUUAGAUUUUUUAAAACAAGAAAGAGAAAGGGGAAUAACAAUAAAAACAGCUUAUUCAUGUUUUGAAUGGAAUAAUGUAAAAGUAAACUUAAUUGAUACUCCAGGACAUGUUGAUUUUAGUAAUGAAACAUUUUUAUCCUUAUGUGUUUCAGAUAAAUGCGUGAUUGUUGUAGAUGCAAAGGAGGGAUUACAAAUUCAAACAAUUAACAUUUUCCGUUACAUAAAAGAAAAUAUACCAAUUUUUUUUUUUUUAAAUAAAAUGGAUAUAUAUGAAGCAGAUCUUGAUUACAAUUUUACAAGUAUAAGAAAUAAUUUAAGUAAAAAAUGUUUACUUAUAACAUACCCAAUUUAUGAAAACAAAAAAUUAAAAUAUAUAUUGGAUAUACCAUCUAUGAUUCUAUAUUUUUAUCCAGAAGUUAAAUAUGGUCAAAAAUUUGUAUAUAAAGGAAUACCAUUAGAAGGUAUUUUAAAACAAUCAAAAAAUAAAAAUUUAGAUAAACAUUUCUAUUUUAUUCAAUCAUGUAAAGAUAUUUCAGAAGAAUAUAAAAAUGAAAAUGAAAAGAUUUUACAUAUUUUAAAUGAUGAUAUAAUUAAUUAUAUCAUAAAAAAAAGGGAAGAGAUAGUAGAAGUGUUAUGUGAUUUAGAUAGUGAAAUUGAAUAUAAAUAUUUAAAUAAUUUACAAUUAACAUAUAAAGACAUUAAAAAUUCUUUAAGCGAAAAUAUAAAUAAAAAGUAUAUAUUUCCAGCAUUCUCUGGGAGUGCUCUAAACUCAUAUGGAGUACAUUUACUUCUUGAUUAUGUUACAUAUACUAGUAAAACUGAUGAUUAUAGCAAUAUAAUCGUUGAUUCUUCAAAUAUAAUUAAUCAGAAUAAACAUAUUUUACAUGAUAAACAUAAGUAUAUAGGAAAUAUAGAAGAAAUUAUUGACAAAAAUAAUAAUAAAGGUACAAUAAAGAAUAAAGAUGAUAUACGAUCAUGUACAACAGUAAGUAAUAAGAAUUUUAGUAUAAUUAAUGAAAUAAAUAACAAUGUAAAGCCUUUAAAUGAUACAAUUAAUAAAAAAUAUGCUAUGAAUUUUUACAAAACUAUAAUAUUUAUUUUCAAACUAGUAAGCGAAAAAAAUGGGUAUAACACAUUUUGUAAAGUAUUUAAAGGAAAACUAACUAAUAAUUCGAUGCUAUGUAAUAUUAGAAAUAACAAAAAUGAAAAAGUAAAAAAUAUUUAUAAAGUAAAAGCCGAUAGGUAUAUUAUUACUAAAGAAUUAACAACUAAUGAUAUAGGAAUGGUAAGAGGAUUUGAAAAUAUAUUAGUUUGCGAUAUUUUAGGUGAAAAAGAAGAAAAAACAAAUGAAGAAGAAACUUUAAGAAAAAAAGAACGUUAUUAUAAAGAAGAAAAUAAAAUUAAAGAAGAAUAUGAAAUUAAUAGUGAUGAUUAUUAUAAAAGAAAGAACAAUUUACAAAUUAAUGAAACAAAUUAUUAUAACGAAAUAUAUAAAUUAAUGAAGGGACAAAUAAAAAAUAAAGAACUGUGGUAUUUUUUGAAAAGUUAUAAAAAACGAAUUAGCAAAAAUAUAAUAGUUUGCACAUGUGCAAUUGAACCAAAAGAUUACAAAAAAGAAAAGGAACUGAAAAAUAUUUUAAAGCAAAUAUGUUUAGAAGAUAACAGCAUACAUACUUAUGUAGAUAAAAAUAAUAAAUUAAUUAUUGGUUCAAUAGGUAUACUAAAUAUUGAAGUUACAUUAGAAAAAAUUAAAAGUGAUUACAACAUUGAUAUAAAAACAAGCGAUGUUGAAAUAGUAUGUAAAGAAUAUAUUUUAGGGAAUUAUGAAAAUGAGAUAGAAAAACAAAUGAAAGUUGGUUCUAAUUAUUCCAGUAUAGUAAUCGGUCUAAGUAUUAAAGAAAAAGAGUUUGUAGACGUUGCAAAUUAUAUACAGAAUAUAUUAAAAUAUGAUAAUGUUUCACAAUUCUUAACACUCAACAAGAAGAAGGAAUGUUCUUCAAAAAAUAGCUCCAUAUGUGGAGAAGAAAAAGAAGAAAAUUAUGACAGUAUAAAAAAUAAUUAUACAACAAAUAAUUUCAAGGAAUACGAUACGAAUGUUGAAAUACAUAUGAAUGACUUUUCUAAAAAUAGUGAUACGAAUAACAUACAUUACAAUAAAAAGAAAAUAGAAAUUAAUAGCAACUCUGAUACAAGUGAAAAGGUAAGAAAUUUAAAAAAAGAGAAUAGUUUACAUUUUCACUUCAGUUGUUAUAAUAAUUUAAAGGGAAAAUUAAAUUCAGAACAUUAUUUUAAAAAAACAUUUAAUAGCAAAAAUAAAAUGAAAAUAUUAGAAGAAAAAAAUGGAGGAGAUGAAGGAGAUAUUAAUGAAAUAGAUGAUGAAAAAAUAAAUGAUGAGCAUAUAGAUGAUGAAGAAAUAAAUGAUGAGAAUAUAGAUGAUGAAGAAAUAAGUGAAUAUUUAUUAAACCUUAAUUAUGAAAAUUUGUUUCAAAGCAAUGUAACUAUUGAUAAAAAUGUGCAAUUAUAUGUUGAAGAAUUAAAAAAAAUAAAUAAAAAAAAAAAAAAUUUCUAUGACGAAAUUCUAAAGAGCUGUAUUAUUUCUUUAAAAAACUGCUUAAGUAAUGGUUAUAGAACAAAUGCAAAUAUUAUUAAUACUGAAAUAAUUAUAACAAAAUUAAAAAUAUUUGAUGAUAGUACAAUAGCAGUAGCAAAAUAUGCUUGCAAUGAUUUAUAUUACAAAAUGAUUAGAAACGCUAAUAUUCAAAUAGCUCAUCCAAUUUCGUUGCUUCAUAUACAAACAAAUGAAUCAUUUGUAGGUAUUAUAGUUAAGGAUUUAAUUCAAAAUAGGAAAGGAAAUGUUAUUCAAAUUAUGAAAAAUAAACAACAGGAUGAUUUCAAAAUUAUGAAAAUAAUUGCAAUUAUGCCUGUCAAAUAUACACAUAAUUAUGCUUCAGUUUUAAGAUCUAUUUCAAGUGGUCAUGCUAAUUUUUUUAUGACAUUUUGUGGAUACAAUAAAUGCUAA